UCAACAGACAAGGAAAAUAUUCUGGAAUUAGGAUGGUUUGGAAAAAUAGACCAAUAUUUAUGGAAACUAGUUCCGAAUGGCAUAGUAAAAACCAAAAAUCGAAAUGGCGUGACACAAUUAGGUUCGGAAAUGAAAAAAAAAUAUUUUCGAGAGAUUAUGAUACAAAUGAAAGAAAUGAUGAAACCAGCAAGAGACUUUGGAUUGAAAUUGGUGUUAAAAAACAUAUUGAGUCCGGAAAAUGCAAAUAAAUCUGUCCUAAAGCAUCCCGUCGUUGCCGAAAGGCUAAAGGCAGAAAGAUUACUUGAAAUCAACAAGGAAGAGCCGAAAAAACACUAUUUAGGCCGUAUGUCAAAGAAUUUGAAAAAAUUCAUUGCAAAAAUAUUCCGUCAGAAGUUGAACAAAUGGGUAUAA